AUGGUGAUGGACUGUCUAGACCAUGUCAAAAGGUGUCAAGCAUGUCAAUUCCAUGCUAAUUACAUCCAUCAAUAUCUAGAGACCCUCUAUCCAACUAUAGCCUCAUGGCCUUUCGACGUGUGGGGACUUGAUGUUGUUAGACCUCUUCUAAAGUCGUCAAAAGGGCAAAUGUAUAUCUUGGCUGCUAUUGAUAAUUUCUCACGAUGGGCUGAAGUCAUUCCAUUAAAAGAAGUGAAGAAGGAAAAUGUUGUUAAUUUUAUCAAGUCAAGCAUAAUUUUUAGAUAUGGCAUACCAAGAUGCAUAGUUACUAAUAAUGGAACACCUUUCAAUAAUAAGCUCAUGAGGAGUUUGCGCGAUAAGUUCCGUUUUAAGCAACAUAAAUCUUCAAUGUGUAAUGCACCUACCAAUGGUCUUACUAAAGCUUUUAACAAGACACUUGGUAACCUGUUGAAGAAAGUAGUUGCGAAGAAUAAAAGGGACUGGCACGAGAGGACUGGUGAAGCUUUGUGA